AAGAGGAGGAUGACAGGAGAUGUGGUUGUUGCCGCGGCAGCAGAGCAGGACAGCUCACAGGCGGCACAACUACUCCUCCUCUUUCUGUUUUUAUUCUUCCUCUUCCUGCUGCUUUCACCUGGAGGAGCUGCUUCCUCUUCCUCCUCUUCAUCAGCCUGACCAGCGGACGGCCUUACAUGGACACGCAGCGGAGCGCCUCCUCCAGCCUUCGUUUGGGGGACGGAGAGACGGAGCCGAGGACGGCAGAUCCGUGAGCACUGCAUCCUCAUCAUCCUCAUCAUCAUCCUUUAAUAAGAGUGGCGCAGGAGGCGGAGACGCUCUUCAUCACUCCUGGAUUUAUUUGCUCUUCUUCCACAUCCCUGCAGAAAUAAACAACAAUAUUAAACUUUAUUAUUGUUUGACUCGACGGCUUCAGCUUUAAUAAAGAGCCUGUUGGAUGAAAUCACGUCGUUUUCACCCUGAGGAGCUGAAAACAGGAAGUUCACCUGCCAGGUCUUCCUGCUCCUUCUGAACCUUUUUCAUGGCUUGACUCCUUCCUGACCUCUGACUCCUCCCUCCCCACUCAACAUGUCCAACCCACUCGCCUCUUGCUGCCCAGACAACACCAGGAAGUCAGAUCAGGUGGAGCAGUGAGCCCUGCUUUAACUAGGCCUCCCACCUUUAGCCAUUAGCCCCGCUCCCUGACGCCUCUAGACUCUCGUGAAACGCUCUGAUGCAAGAUGGCAGCUGGCGUAGCCACGUGGCUGCCGUUUGCGCGGGCGGCGGCGGUGGGCUGGCUGCCGCUGGCCAAGAAGACGAUGCCCAAACCUCCGGUGGACAACUCAUCCCGAUCCGACGAGAUCCUGUACGUCAACGUGAGCGGCGUCCGCUUCCAGACGUGGAAGAACACUCUGGACCGCUACCCCGACACGCUGCUGGGUUCCUCGGAGAAGGAGUUCUUCUACAACGAGGACACCCAGGAGUAUUUCUUCGACAGAGACCCAGAGAUGUUCCGGCACAUCCUGAACUUCUACCGGACUGGGAAGCUGCACUACCCCCGACACGAGUGCAUCCAGGCGUUUGACGAGGAGCUGGCCUUCUACGGCAUCGUGCCAGAGAUCAUCGGGGAUUGCUGCAUGGAGGAAUACCGGGACAGGAAGAAGGAGAACCAGGAGCGGCUGGCGGAGGACACGGAGGCCAACGAGGCGAACGACGCCCCGCUGCCCCCCCACAGCACCUCCAGGGAGCGCCUGUGGCGCGCCUUCGAGAACCCGCACACCUCCACCAUGGCGCUGGUCUUCUACUACGUCACGGGCUUCUUCAUCGCCGUGUCGGUCAUCGCCAACGUGGUGGAGACGGUGCCCUGCCAACCACCCAAGGGUAUGGUGAAGGACCUGCCCUGUGGCAUGAAGUACCAGCUGGCCUUCUUCUGCAUGGACACGGCCUGCGUUCUCAUCUUCACCUUCGAGUACCUGAUGCGCCUCUUUGCCGCGCCCAGCCGCUGCAAGUUCAUGCGCUCGGUGAUGUCGGUGAUCGACGUGGUGGCCAUCAUGCCCUACUACAUCGGCCUGGUGAUGCCCGAGAACGAGGACGUGAGCGGCGCCUUCGUUACUCUGCGGGUCUUCCGGGUUUUCCGGAUCUUCAAGUUCUCACGGCACUCGCAGGGACUUCGCAUCCUGGGCUACACGCUGAAGAGCUGCGCCUCGGAGCUGGGCUUCCUGCUCUUCUCCCUCACCAUGGCCAUCAUCAUCUUCGCCACCGUCAUGUUCUACGCCGAGAAGGGCACCAAGGGCUCCACCUUCACCUCCAUCCCAGCCUCCUUCUGGUACACCAUCGUCACCAUGACGACGCUGGGGUGAGUGGGCCUGGGCUGGAUGUCUGACAUCAAGCAGAUUGUGUUUUGCUUAGUGUUGUUGUCAUGGCGACCAGAGCGCGUGCUCCUCGGCGUAAACAGUCAGGACACGGAUUCCUGGUUCCCACCAUGAAAAGAGAUGAAGUGUGUGUUUUCCUCCCACACGCUGCUCGUCGAGUAUGGUGGUGUGUGUUGGCUGCCCACGCUCCUCACCGCUGCCGGUGGAUGGAGUGUGUGUGUGUAGGGCUGCAGCUCUGCUCUAUUAUCUGCUAUGUGGAGCAGCAGAGUGGGAGUCAGGAAGCGGCAGGCCGCGCUGGCCGUCCUGCUGGAGGCUGCUCCGUGUCUGGAGGUCAGGAGGCUCUGAGUGUGAGCCGAAGCUGCCCUGGUGCUAAAACGGCAUGAAUUGCUGAGCAAACACAUUAAGGUCCUUUUAACACCUUAGAGGAACCUCUCAGGUUAAGAAGGUGUCACCGCAACUUCAUCACAGCGUCACUACAUUCAGGUCGAUUUGAAAUUGCUGGUUCUCUGGACUGCUGGGUUCACUCAGACCUUCUGCAGACACUGAAGCAACGCUGUGUUUCUCCUUCCAGUAACAGGAAAAUUACACCGAGAUUUCUUCCCCAAUAGGUUUUUCUAGACCUGCCUGGGACAGUUCUCAGGUUUCAGGAUGUUUUUCCUCCUG